AGAAAAAGGAAACCAAGAAGAGAGAACGCCAAAGACGAGCAUGCUCCGGCGCACUCGAGCAGGCAUCCGGAAGCAGUCCAGCAAGUCCAACAGAACAUCACCGGCCUUGGCGCCUCGGGUGCCACUCGCAACCGCUUCCUUCUAUCCCCUCCCACCGCAUGCAACUGGGGGUCUGGAAGCGAAUCCGGUUUCUCGGACCGCUGAGAUGGCUUUCAAAAUACUAAAACCGAAAAGCAGGUACAGAGAAGAGUCCCGCCACAAAACUUUCGCAGCCCAGGCCUCCCCCGGCGACGCGGGCCAGGUGACGCCGCCCGGCCGGAACUGCGCAGGCGCCGGGAGGGCUCGCGGGCGGUGUUGCGCGCCGGGCAGUUCGCGCGGGAGCCGGGAGCCCGAGCGCUAGGUCUGCAGGUCGGUGGGAACGUAACUGCUGCGGGGCGGAGAGGAAGCCAGGAUGGCGACACCGAGCAGGACGAUGGCGACCCCAACUCCCCUAGCCUCCAAGAGAGUUCUUCCGGGAGCCCCUUCGUGGGAGGUCCCGAGCAAGAGAAGGAGUUCGGCCCCGCCGCUACCACUGCUGCUGCCGUCGUCCGGGUCUUUCGUGGAAGGCUCUAUCGUCCGCAUCGCGAUGGAGAAUUUCCUGACAUACGAUGUCUGUGAAGUAUCUCCUGGACCCCACUUGAAUAUGAUUAUUGGAGCUAAUGGAACAGGGAAGUCCAGCAUUGUGUGUGCCAUUUGCCUUGGAUUAGCAGGCAAACCUUCUUUCAUGGGACGGGCAGAUAAGGUUGGCUUUUUUGUGAAGCGAGGAUGUUCCAAAGGCAUGGUUGAAAUUGAAUUGUUCAGGACUUCUGGAAAUCUUGUAAUCACCCGUGAGAUUGAUGUGGCAAAAAAUCAGUCCUUUUGGUUCAUCAACAAAAAAUCUACAACCCAGAGAGUAGUAGAAGAGCAGGUUGCAGCCUUAAAUAUUCAAGUAGGCAAUCUUUGCCAGUUUCUCCCUCAGGACAAAGUUGGGGAAUUUGCUAAACUCAGCAAAAUUGAACUCCUUGAAGCUACUGAGAAGUCAGUUGGUCCUCCAGAAAUGCACAGGUUUCACUGUGAACUCAAAAACUUCAGGGAGAAAGAAAAACAAUUAGAGACCUCAUGCAAAGAGAAAAGUGAGUAUCUAGAGAAAAUGAUUCAAAGGAAUGAAAGAUAUAAACAAGAUGUGGAAAGGUUCUAUGAACGUAAACGACAUUUAGAUUUAAUUGAGAUGCUUGAAGCCAAAAGACCAUGGGUGGAAUAUGAAAAUGUUCGUCAGGAAUAUGAAGAAGUAAAACUAGCUCGUGACCAACUAAAAGAAGAGGUCAGAAAACUUAAAGAAGGGCAGAUUCCUAUGACGCGUCGGAUUGAAGAAAUUGAAAAGCAGCGUCACAAUUUGGAAACUCGAAUCAAAGAGAAGGCAACAGAUAUUAAGGAGACAUCUCAAAAAUGCAAACAAAAACAAGAUGUUUUAGAAAGGAAAGAUAAGCACAUUGAGGAACUUCAGCAGGCUUUAACAGUAAAACAAGAUGCAGAGCAUGACCGGCAGAGGAGAAUAAGUAAUACCCGCAAAAUGAUAGAGGAUUUGGAGAAUGAACUGAAGACCACAGAAAACUGCGAGAAUCUUCAGCCCCAGAUCGAUGCCGUUACAAAUGAUUUGAGACGAGUUCAAGAUGAAAAGGCAUUAUGUGAAGGCGAGAUUAUUGAUAAGAGAAGAGAGCGGGAUACUCUAGAGAAGGAGAAAAAGUGUGUGGAUGAUCAUAUUGUGCGUUUCGACAAUCUUAUGAACCAAAAGGAAGAUAAGCUGAAACGGAGAUACCGUGACACAUAUGAUGCUGUUUUAUGGCUAAGAAAUAACAGAGACAAAUUUAAGCAAAGAGUCUGUGAGCCCAUAAUGCUCACGAUCAAUAUGAAAGAUAAUAAAAAUGCCAAAUACGUUGAAAAUCAUAUUUCAUCAAAUGACUUGCGAGCCUUUGUAUUUGAAAGUCAAGAAGAUAUGGAGGUUUUCCUUAAAGAGGUUCGUGACAAUAAAAAAUUAAGAGUAAAUGCUGUUAUUGCUCCCAAUAGUUCAUAUGCAGAUAAAGCACCUUCGAGAUCUCUGAAUGAACUAAAACAGUAUGGAUUUUUCUCUUAUUUGCGAGAGUUAUUCGAUGCACCUGAUCCUGUAAUGAGUUACCUUUGCUGCCAGUAUCAUAUUCAUGAAGUUCCUGUCGGAACUGAAAGGACCAGAGAAAGAAUUGAACGGGUAAUACAAGAAACCAGAUUAAAGCAAAUUUAUACAGCAGAAGAAAAAUAUGUGAUGAAAACUUCUUUUUAUUCAAACAAAGUUAUUUCUAGUAACACAUCCCUAAAAGUAGCCCAAUUUCUCACAGUCACUGUGGAUCUAGAGCAAAGAAGACACUUAGAAGAACAGCUGAAGGAAAUUAAUAGAAAAUUACAAGCAGUAGAAUCAGGAAUGAUUGCCUUACAUGAAACAAGCAAGCACCUAGAACACAAAGACAAUGAACUUAGACAAAAGAAGAAGGAGCUUCUUGAAAGAAAAACCAAGAAAAGGCAAUUGGAACAAAAAAUUAGUUCCAAACUAGAAAGUUUAAAGCUGUUGGAACAGGAUACUUGCAACCUUGAAGAGGAAGAGAGAAAAGCAAGUACUAAAAUCAAAGAAAUAAAUGUCCAAAAAGCAAAGCUUGUUACUGAAUUAACAAACCUGAUAAAGAUUUGUACUUCACUGCAUAUACAAAAAGUAAAUUUAAUUCUUCAAAAUACUACCGUGAUCUCCGAGAAGAACAAAUUAGAAUCAGAUUAUAUGGCUGCAUCUUCACAACUGCGUCUCAGAGAACAAAAUUUCAUCAAGUUGGAUGAAAGUAGACAGCGACUAUUACAGAAAUGCAAGGAACUUAUGAAGAGAGCUAGGCAAGUAUGUAACCUGGGUGCAGAGCAGACUGUUCCUCAAGAAUAUCAGACACAAGUACCCACCAUUCCAAAUGGACACAACUCCUCACCCCCCAUGGCUUUCCAAGAUCUCCCCAACACAUUGGAUGAAAUUGAUGCUUUAUUAACUGAGGAAAGAUCAAGAGCUUCUUGCUUCACAGGACUGAAUCCUACAGUUGUUGAAGAAUACACCAAAAGAGAAGAAGAAAUAAAACAGUUAACUGAGGAACUGAAGAGAAAGAAAGUAGAACUGGAUAAAUAUAAGGAAAACAUUUCACAGGUAAAAGAAAGGUGGCUUAAUCCUUUAAAAGAGCUGGUAGAAAAAAUUAAUGAAAAAUUCAGCAAUUUCUUUAGUUCCAUGCAGUGUGCUGGUGAAGUUGAUCUCCAUACAGAAAAUGAGGAAGACUAUGAUAAAUAUGGAAUUAGAAUUAGAGUCAAAUUUCGCAGUAGUACGCAACUGCAUGAAUUAACUCCUCAUCAUCAAAGUGGAGGUGAAAGAAGUGUUUCUACCAUGUUAUACUUGAUGGCACUUCAGGAGCUUAAUAGAUGUCCAUUCAGAGUAGUUGAUGAAAUCAAUCAGGGAAUGGACCCAAUCAAUGAACGGAGAGUGUUUGAAAUGGUUGUCAAUACUGCCUGUAAAGAAAACACAUCCCAGUACUUCUUCAUUACACCAAAGCUCCUGCAAAAUCUUCCUUAUUCUGAAAAGAUGACAGUAUUGUUCGUUUAUAAUGGUCCUCACAUGCUGGAACCAAACAGAUGGAAUUUAAAGGCUUUCCAAAGGCGGCGGCGCCGUAUUACAUUCGCUCAACCUUCUCAAUAAAAGCAAAAGGAGGGGACUUGGAAUAUUCUGUGAAACUGUUUUUAACUGAAUAAAACUUAGGAGAUUCAUUAAAACUAAAAGAUCAGUUAUUUUUGGAACCCUGCUUUUAAACACAAGUGGAUUGAUGAAUUGGAGACUAUAGUAGCUUCUUUCUCUGGAACAUCAUCUGAUAGAAAAAAGUUAAGUCUUUGUUAGUCUUGGUUGAAAUUGUACCUUUAGCACUCUGGCCACCAUUGGGUUAACAGGUAUUUACUAUUGCAAAUCAAAGGUACAGUGGAAGGAGUUAUCAAUCACAAAAGUUUAGUUGAUGUGGUAACCUUGAGCUUUAAUUUUGCAGAGUAACUUGAAUUACUUUUAGGGCCUGAAGGUGACUCUAGAGCUUAAGUCAUAUUUUUUCCCAUUGUUCUUUUAAUUUUUAAAAAUUGAUAUAGAAAUUUCUAGUCCUAAAUGUAUAGAGAUAAUUUAUGAUAAAUCUAUUCAUUUCUUCUUAUUGAAAUUGAUUACCUUAUCUCCACUAGGAAAUGGCAUUUAAAGAAAAAAGGUUUUAUGAAACUUGAUGCUAUAAUUGUAUUGGUAUUUCAAAGGAAAAAGAAACACUGGGGUUCAAAAAUGGUAGCAGGACUUCUUUGAAAUGCCACAAGAAGAUGCAAAAUGCAACCAGAAGAUUGACAGAAUCAAAUCAGAUGACAAGGGUUUCUAAAGAAUAACCCUAUAAAGUGUGUCUAUGUGUGUUUUUUUAAUUUAAAGUUAAUUGUAUUUUACAUCUUAAUUUUCUAAAACAUUUUUAUAAUUAGUAAUAUUUUUCUUAAGAUUUCAUAUGCUAGUUUCUACAGUUUAUAUUUGAAAUUUCUCAGUGUUAUGUAACGAGUGAGGGAAAAGCAUAGAUUUGUUUAAAACCAUAAUGUUGUUAGAACUUAAACUUACAGGUACUUCCUUCAGGGCUGGUCUAUCCUAUUAUCUUGGGAAAAUCUAGUUUAAACUGUUUUCUUUCAGCAUGAAAGAAUAAGAUGAGAAAAUCAUUUAUCUCUGAGUUAUACUAAUUAACAAUGCCAACCAAAGUAUUUUAAUCUUGUAAAAUAAUGGUUCAAGUACAUGUUUUUGAACAGUGGAUUGGAUCUGUAUUGGUAAUGACAGAAGUAUUUUUUCAUCUCGCCAGCUUGAAAGAAUUAAAGAAUUACACUCAGUUCAGUUUUAUAUAAUCUUAAAUAGACAUUGAAAUUUAUAUUAGGCCAAAAUUUAAUGAACAAUAUGUUUAUUUCCUCUCACUUAGAUGUUUUCUCUUUAAAAGGGUAUUUUUUUCUCUAAAAAUUUUAAUGGAAAGGGUCUUCCCCUCUUAAACUAAAGCUAAUGCAUGAACUGUGAGAAUAUUUUUAAAUAACAUUUUUACUAGUGUGUAUAAAUUACUAAAUGGAUGCUGUUGCCAAACGUUUUUGUUGUUGCUUUAUUUUCCACCAAAAUAUCUUUACUAUAUAUGUACUUGGUGUAAUUUGUUUAUUGUCUAAGCUAGUGCCUGUCAUCUUAUUCCUGCAACAUGAUUAUCAGUGAAAAAGAAGCUUAAAGGUGAGGUAUGUUUGAAUAUAAAAUGAUGAUUUCAUUUCAGUUUACAUAUGCCAACAAUUAUUCCAUACCUUAUUUGUAAGCAUUUAUAUUUCUGUACUGGACAACAUCAGUAUUUUGUUUUACAUUGAAAUUUUUGAACUGUGAAGAAUAAAUUAUGUACUAUUUAAACAUUUUUAAAAGAAUACUAAGUCUAGCUUAGUGUAGACUCAGCCACUAAAACUUCACAUAUUCUGUGAAAAUUAAAUUUUAAUUACAUACAGAUUGUGAAAACUCCAAGUUAAGGGCUAAUUUGUGAAUAAAAUGAUAUUUAAAACCUUAAGGUAAUAAGCAGGUAUUUUUGAUGACUAAAUCUUCAUUGAUUUUCUAGGGAAAGAGUGUUAAAAGGUUUUCAGAAUUCAAGGUAAAAGGAAAGACUUUUCUUGCUGCUUUCAAAUUGUCUUUUGGACAUGUGUUUGUUUUCUUUGGAGUAUGAACCUUUGGUAUGUGAAAAAUUUGUAAUUCCGUCCUGUUACUGUGUGUUUGUGUAACUAAAAAAAAAACUCUUUGGGGUGAGAAACACCACUCUGUUGGUAAUAAAUACAUAUUUUCAUA